GUAAAAACACAUCAAGAUUGCUUCAUGUACUCCAAAAUAAAAGAGGAGGAGCCGCUUUAGCUCCCCCUAAAGUAUGUCCCAGGAGACCCCACCUCCCGUGCGCAGCCCCCCCGGGGUGGAGGGGCACGGCCGGGGACAGGGGAGGAGUAAGAGCCGUGCUCAGCACAGUUUUACAUGCCAGCAUAGAGCUGGAGUUCAGAGCUGGAGCGCUUGCAGCAGAUGUGAACUGGAGCCGAAGCCCACGUGCCGCUGAUCUUCUCCUGCCGCGACUCGCUCCUCAGCCUUCAGGGUCCUCAGCGCACAGGCGUCAACAUGCUGAGGCAGGUCCUGUCCUUCGGCCGCUCCCUGGUGCGCAGGAAGGUGGUGGACAUGAGCAGCCUGGAGGACUCCAAGCUCUGCCGCUGCCUGGGAACCGUGGACCUCAUCGCGCUGGGGGUGGGCAGCACUCUGGGCGCCGGCGUCUACGUUUUGGCCGGAGAGGUGGCCAAGGGAGAUUCGGGACCUAGCAUCGUCAUCUCCUUCCUCAUCGCGGCCUUGGCCUCGGUCAUGGCGGGACUGUGUUACGCAGAGUUUGGCGCCCGAGUCCCCAAAACUGGCUCCGCCUAUCUGUACAGUUACGUGACAGUCGGAGAGAUCUGGGCCUUCAUCACCGGCUGGAACCUGAUUCUCUCAUAUGUGAUCGGAACCUCGUCGGUGGCGCGAGCCUGGAGCGGCACCUUCGACGAGAUGAUCGGAGGCCACAUCGAGCGCUUCUGCAAGACCUACUUCAGCAUGAACUCUCCCGGUCUGGCUCAGUACCCGGACUUCUUCGCCGUCUGUCUGAUCCUGCUGCUGUCCGGGCUGCUCUCGUUCGGGGUGAAGGAGUCGGCCUGGGUCAACAAAGUCUUCACCUCCAUCAACGUGCUGGUGCUCCUCUUCGUCAUCGUCUCCGGCUUUGUGAAGGGAAACGCGGCGAACUGGAACGUUUCGGAGGAGUCUUUGAUCAACGUCACCAUCGCCAGCAGGAACUUGUCAGCCAGCGCUAACGUCAGCAGCGCUUAUGGCGUCGGGGGCUUCAUGCCGUACGGGUUCAGCGGGACUCUGGCCGGAGCGGCGACCUGCUUCUAUGCGUUUGUGGGAUUCGACUGCAUCGCCACCACAGGCGAGGAGGUGAAGAACCCCCAAAGAGCCAUUCCCAUCGGCAUCGUGGUGUCGCUCACCGUGUGCUUCCUGGCGUACUUCGGGGUCUCGGCCGCGCUCACGCUGAUGAUGCCCUACUACCUGCUGGACGAGAAGAGCCCCCUGCCCAUGGCCUUCCAGUACGUGGGCUGGAGUCCCGCCAAGUACGUGGUCGCGGUGGGCUCGCUGUGCGCCCUCUCCACCAGCCUGCUGGGCUCCAUUUUCCCUAUGCCUCGCGUAAUCUAUGCUAUGGCAGCGGACGGUGUGCUUUUCAAAGCCUUAGCCCGAAUCAAUCCAAAGACGAAGACCCCGCUAACUGCCACUCUGACCUCCGGGGUGGUCGCAGCUAUCAUGGCCUUCCUCUUCGACCUCAAAGCUCUGGUGGACAUGAUGUCCAUCGGAACCCUGCUGGCCUACUCGCUGGUGGCCGUCUGCGUGCUCAUUCUCAGGUACCAGCCAGAUGGCGCUAUGGAGCGAAGGGCCGGCGGCGGGGAGAGAGACUACCUGUCCUCAGAGGAGGGCGAGUCGGAGCUGACGGAGUCGGAGUCUCACCUGAACAUGCUGAAAGGCGGCAGCUCCGCCCUGCAGACCGCCCUGCACCCCCCGGCCGCGCCCACGGACACCUCCUCCAGCGUGGUCAACAUCUCCAUCUGCGUGCUGGUGCUGCUGGUGUGUGUGGUCAGCUACCUCACCACCUACCACGUCACCGCCAUCGUCUCCAUGGACGUGUGGAUCCUGGCCUCGCUGCUGCUCUGCCUGCUCCUCUUCACCGGCUGCCUCUUCACCAUCUGCAGGCAGCCUCAGACCAGCAAGAAGGUCUCCUUCAUGGUGCCGCUGCUGCCGUUCCUGCCCGUCCUCAGCAUCCUGGUCAAUAUUUACCUGAUGGUCCAGCUGAGCGGAGACACCUGGAUCCGGUUCUCCGUGUGGAUGGCUGUCGGGUUCCUGAUCUACUUCGGUUACGGCCUGUGGCACAGCGUGGAACGUCAGCGCCUCCUGCAGGCGCCUCCCAACGGCAGCAGCAGCAGCCAGGAGCGCAAGCGGGACGAGAGCGGCGCGGAGGGGAAGGACCAGGAGAGGUUCCUCUGUCCAGAGAAGACCAGCCAGUGUUGAAGACUUUUGCUGGGCCUCGGUGGACCCGGCCGCCCACGUAGACCGACCUUUGACUUGGAAGUGGCGCUCAGCCCCUUCCCCUCUGCCAAAUGCAGUAUUCAGAGUCACACGAUGGGAAGCCUCCAUCACUGUGAUGCCAGUGGCCGGGCGCGGGACAGGUACCACAGCGGAGCGUGACCCUCAGCACCUGCGGGGCAAAGGUGCCGCGCCAACGCUUGACCGAACAUUCACACAACCCCUGCAAACACCUCUGGUCCUGCUGGCUGUUGGACGUCAACGUGUAGAAGCAGAUAUAUAUUCCUUCUUCCUCUUGUUAUCUACCAACUGUUACAUGACGCGUUCUACUUUUAUAUGCUCGCUCGCUGGCUGCCUUUUGUUCAUGAAGUGACCCUGAGAAAUCCACCACUUAAUCCAGAUGUAGAGUGUAAAUCAGCCGUGACUACAGUAUAGAGAAGUGAUCUAAACCUUGAAGCUCUGAUGACGCGUCUGCAGUGGUCAGUACCGGUUUGGCAAGAGGAGGGAACAACAGCCGCGUCACAGGAGCGUCACGGCGGAGUUUACCCUUUUCCUCGGCGCCAAACCCAAGGCCUGGGGGCCAGACCUGACCCGCCAGGAGCUCUUAUGAGGCCUACAAUUCAACAAUCAUAAACCCUCCCUCCCCCAAAUUAGAGAUGAAAAAAAGGACUUUAAAGGCAGAGGCUGUCACGACUAACGCAAGACUUGACCCCGCCUGAGAUUGGGACUCCAUCAAGGCUCCGCAACUCUGACGUCGCUUCACUUUCGCCUCACCAGAACUUCACUUAGAAGGGUGGUCAUAAUGUUAGCUUGAUGUAUUAUAAAUCACAAGGACGCACGUUAGAACAUAAACGUAUUCCU